ACACACACACACACACACACACACACACACAGCCAAUAAUUAUUAUGUAAAGUCUCGAUAAUAAGGACAAGUUCGCCGAAAGUAUCAAAUGAAUAUUAAUGUCAAAACGCUUUCUAGUAGCUUCGAUCGCUCAGUGUGGAUGCGUCAUCAGACGCAUCUGAUAAGAGAACUUUUUUUGGCGAGAUAAACAAAGUUGUUCUGUCGCUAUCAUCAGUCGUUGCUCGUCAUGGCGUGCAGCAUGCAGAGAUUAUUGUUGAGGGCCGGUCGUUUGUGCCAUGUUAAUUCUACGAGACAAAUCUCCUCCUCCAUGGCGCUCCGAGGGAGACCCGCCUUCAAUUGGGAGGAUCCGUUUGAUCUGGAGUCGCAACUGACGCAGGACGAGAUCCUGAUGCGGGAUCAGUUCCGUUCCUACUGUCAGGAGCGGCUCCUGCCGCAGGUGAUCGAGGCAAACCGCAAGGAGCACUUCGACCGGGAAAUCAUAAGGCAGAUGGGUCAGCUCGGGGUGCUGGGCUGCACCAUGAAGGGUUACGGCGCCGCCGGGGUGUCCUCGGUGGCUUACGGGCUCCUCGCCCGGGAGAUUGAGAGCGUCGACAGCGGAUAUCGAUCGACGUUGUCGGUGCAGUCCUCCCUCUCGACUGGUGCGAUCUACAUGUUCGGCAGCGAUGCCCAGAAGAACCGAUUUCUACCUAAAAUGGUUACCGGGGAAACGAUCGGCUGCUUCGGUUUGACGGAACCUAAUCACGGUAGCGACAUAGGGUCCAUGGAGACUAGGGCGACUUACGAUUCCAAUAAAAAGGUUUACAGAUUGAAUGGCAGCAAAACAUGGAUCUCAAACUCGCCCAUUGCCGACGUGCUGGUGAUAUGGGCGAAAUGCGAGGACGGUCAGAUUCGCGGGUUCAUCGUUGAAAGGGAAGCUGCGGGAGAUCGAUUAUCCACUCCAAAGAUCGAAGGGAAGUUCUCUUUAAGGGCGUCCAUCACCGGUAUGGUUCUCAUGGAUAAUGUAAUCGUGCCGGAGGAAAAUGUAUUGAACGUUCAGGGACUCAAAGGACCGUUCAGUUGUUUAAACAACGCACGGUACGGCAUCGCUUGGGGUGCACUGGGCGCGGCGGAGGCCUGCUUGAAAAUCGCCCGAACUUACACCUUGGACAGGAAACAGUUCAAAAGACCGCUGGCGGCGAAUCAGCUCGUGCAAAAGAAAUUGGCGGAUAUGAUGUCCGACAUCGCGAUCGGUCUUCAAGCUUGCUUGCGAGUCGGUAGACUGAAGGACGAGAACAGAGCCGCGCCGGAAAUGAUUUCCAUCAUAAAGAGAAACUCGGCCGCCAAAGCAUUGGAGAUCGCGCGAGCCGCGCGAGAUAUGCUGGGCGGAAAUGGGAUCUCGGACGAGUACCACGUGAUUAGGCACGUGAUGAAUCUGGAAACGGUGAACACUUACGAAGGUACAAGCGACAUUCACGCGUUGAUUCUCGGGAGGGCGAUCACCGGUAUUCCCGCGUUCACAGGAUAAGCGAGUUGAAUGACAAGACUACACGCCACGUGCCGUUUUUCCUAUUUACGAGCAUUGGACACGAUCGUUUACCGCGUCGUCACCGUCGAUUCUUUCGUUUCUGCGCUCAUUAAUUAUACUUUUUAUAACGAGAGUUAUUUUUGUACAUUUUGAUACCGAUGUAUUAAAGAUGUAUACCGAUGUGUCGAACGGUUAAAAGUAUUUUUGUCUCUUUUACUGUUUUAUAGGUUGAGGUCAUAAUAAAAUAUAUAUUGCACACGGUCGAUAUUUUCUACGAAAAAUACGACAGCGAUGUGUUUCCCCCCGUCCUCCUCGUCCCCCUCUGGCAUCCUCCUCGCAACCGCGCACCUUCGCAGAUCGUCGCGUGUCUCGUUCCGCAAUAAUACUCUAAUCACUCGACAUACUUCAUUGCUCGUUUAUUCUCUACGUUUUAACAAUUUCACGGAGCGUGCUCUCUUUUUCACUAUGCAUCAUUCUCGCUCUCGCUAUCGUCCCCCGUUCUUCCGCCCUUCACUCCGUUCGUUCAUUCGCCCACGAUGGCAGCUGUGCACGCGUGGCUCUCGAUGGAAAACACUCGUCCCCGGCGGAAGGGUUGGCAACUUCCGUUUUUUCUCCUCGCUUUCCCUUUUUUCAAGACCGAUUUUGCGAAUCCGCGGGAUUCCGGAAGCGCGCGGCCGAAAUCAACUUUCACGGGAUCGCGUCAACGGAAGCGCGCUCGAAUCCCGAACAGUAUUCUCUGUUACAGCUCGAAAAACGUGACAGCUCUUGAAAAUUAAAACGCGCCGUCGUGGAACGUGUUAUCGGCACACUAUAUUUGUCGUGCGUACUGAAUACGCGCCCGCAAAGGAACAAAAACCUCUAAAAGACGUCCACAAAAAAUUAAUAAAUUCUGCGUUACAUACACGCCAAAAAAAAUUUUAUUCUUGUGCUAAGAAAAGCAGUUUGUCAUUUGUUAUAGUUUUCUUCUUUUAAAUAACGAUUAACCCUUUCACUCUCUCAUUCUCUCUUUCUCUUGUUCAAUCUAACGACUAAGCCUCCGUAUAAAUAUAGUAUGCAUCUAUAUAUCUAUGUAUAAGUGUUCAGUGACUUUAGUGACUGAUCUGAUUACUAAAUGAAAAUAUAAAAAUCUACACGUCAGAGCCUACGGUUGUCUCACUUGGUUAUACACGAUGUCGGGUGGCCCGGUCGUUUUCGCGCGAUUCAUGAACGCGAUGGAUCGCGGAUGUCGCGUGUGUGUAUCACAAAUAAGCGCCGCGCGUACCCAACACACGGUCGGGAAGUUUGAAACUAAAACUGCUCUCCGCUCGGAAAAAGGAAGGUAACAAAACGACGGAGUCCGUCCCACACUCCACGAGAUGUCUUCGUUAUUUCAUUAAGAACUUGUCUAAAAGCAAGCACAAAGCCGAGCAUCUCCGUUGCACCGUUGAAGUCUCUCGAAACGUUUGAUCACUUAUGAGGUAAUGAAACCAAAUGACUAGAAGUAACUUUCCAACUAUAAAGAAAAUAGGUGUCCACUUAUAAAUAUUGUCGCAAUUUAAUAAUCAUAAUUUAAUAAUUUAAAUUAUUAAUUAUUUCGAGAUACGUGUACGAAGGUAAUAAUAAUAUUGUCAAGCAGAAAGAAACCUGAUCUGGCAGCCAAGUGAUUAACAACAGCGACGUAAAUUUCGAGCUUGACAGCAUUUUGGACAACGCCUUUUGGUCAAACGAUUAUUUUUCAUUUCUCACACGUGAACUGAAUUCCAAUUAGAAAUUUACCAUCGAUUUAAUGAUCCAUAAUUCGCUGAACAUUUUCUAAGGGAAUGCAAUCUCUGUGACGAAGCUGUGAACGGUAUGAACUGCCCUAAAAGAAAUUGCGAGCAAAUAAUAAAAGAAUGCGAUUUCUAUCGGUAUAGCGCUCUACCACGAAGCGUCAUCGCAAUUGCCUUCGAUCGAUCGAUCGAUCGAAUUAUCUCUCGGACUUGAUUGCACACUUGAUCCGCAGUAACAACAACAACAACAAGGGCGUCAACACAAGCGACUCGAGUAAUCAUAAAUAAAUUAAGUUUAAUUGCUAAGUAAUAAAACGUUAAUUACAUAUGUCAAUGAUAAUUAAUUUAAGUUUACAACACACGUCUCGUGCAAAAGUGUAAAGAACGUUUGUCUUUUUUCUUUUUUUUUUUUUCGUGCUACACUCAAUACCAUUGUUGUCUUUUGUUUUUUUUCUUGUUACGACUUAAUGUUGAAUGUAUGUCGCGCAUGUGUAGGUACAUGUAUGUAUGUGUGUGUUUUGUGUGUAUGUAGGUGUGUAUUUGCGCGCGCGCGCGUGUGUGUGUUAAUGAUUUUCGACUACAAUAAGCUCUUGGUAAAACGUAGUAACAUUGUAGUUUACAGUAGUUUACAAUCGCCUCUUCUCUCUCGCGGCCCCCGAUCGCGGAUGCGUAUAUGUGUGUGUAUGUGUGUCUAUUACAUAAUUACACAUCUCGGUACACAUGCCGGGAUCGAAGCCCCUUGCCCCCGCUCCGCGCGCGCCUCUUUUUCUCAGGUCUCGCCGGGGGGGAUGGUACGUCCGCCCCGGGAGGGAGGGGGCGAGGAUCUCGCGGGGGAGGAGUCGCGCGUCCUCAAACCCUUGCGCGAGUUGUUCGAUCCCGUCAUCUUCACAAGUAUCGAUUCGUCGGCCCGUCGACCGCGCAAGAAAAUUCAAUGGCACGAACCGCGAGCCGUCGCAACAACAACGUCGCUCGAGCUCGUGUAACCACACUUGGUUGCCUCUACUAACGGAUAUACGUAAUCGUAUAAAUAAAUUAAUGACUCGCCCUCUUUCUCUCAUUCUCUCUCUCUCACACACACACACACACACAUACACACAUACUCACACUCUCUCUCUCUCCUCGCAAUUUCGCUCGACUUAUAUACGCACACACACGCGAUGGACACUCCCGAUCGAUUUCCGCUCUCCUGCCGACGUUAACAAACUCACCCCCCCCCUCCCCCUAAACCCGGACCUCUCGCUCGUAACAUUGUCAUCGCGAUUGUCGACGAGGAUAUUAAAUUACACGCUCUCUCUCUCACACAUAUUUUCCUCGGACAUCGGUUUCCAUCGGGCUUGAGGUUGUCAGUCGCGUUUCCUCGGUGGACGAGAUUAUCCUCUCGCGAUGCGGAACCUCCUUUCCUCCUGCGCUCUUCUCUCCCCCCGCCUGAGGAAUGGAUCGGUGACAACGAAGCGAUCGGCGAUUUAACUCGGCGUUUUACUGAUACGUGAUACACGCUGUCUUUCGUCUACACGCGGACCUUCCCCCGAAUUUCCGACCGGAGCCCCGACGCACCGUCCUCAUCUGCGCCAAUUGCCGCGGUUGCCGUCCGCUCUCCCCCUUUACAUCCGGAGGAUGGACCAGCAGCUGCCCACGGCGCGAAAACGCUCGCGCGUUACAGUAAAUAUAAUAAUAAUAAUGUAUUACCUGCUUUUGCACUUGUAUUUUACAUUAUUUCGUCUCUGAUUAACUAAUCGAUACCUUAUUGUCGUACGAACUGCUCUCUGUGUUUUCUUUCCUUCUCCCUCCCUGUCUCUCUCUCUUUCUUCCUUUCAGCUUUUCUUUUCGUCCCGUUCGAGAAGAAAUCGCCAUCCCGAGAAUUUUUAGCUCUUCGUCCCGUUUUUCGCUUCGUAAUUUAUUUAUGAAAACCCGAACGAGCCGAGAUAGCAGUCACAAUAUAGGUCGUAGCCUGCGUUCGUUUUCUUUCUCUCUCUCUCUCUCUCUUUUUUUUUCUCUCCUUUAUUCUACGGGGGUGUGGAAAGUUCUUGAGAGAGUGAAAAAUUGUGGAGUAGUGUUAUCUUCCCUCUCUAGACUCGAACGGACGAAA